AUGCCAACAGGAUUAGCUGAAUUUCGCCUUCCCGGCCAUAUCGCAGAGAGAAAAGCUAGAGAAAGCUUACCAGAAUUAGAUAUGGAUCUUUCGAGCUCAAUUCAUACACAAAACUCAUCGGCGUCGGAGUUACCAUCACCAGUCACACCAACUUUCUCUACACGAGGACAUAUGAGGCAUCCAAGUUCAGCUUCGUCAAUUGAAUCUCAAUAUCUCUACGAGAGUCCGUCUUCACCCACAUUCACAAGCCAUAAAUCUGGAAUACGAUCACUGCCUGAUGUUCAAGAAGAACCUCCUCGCGAACGAGAAAAUGACUUUAUGUUUGAAGAUGACGACGAUGACGAUAUCCUGGAUUGCGAUGAACUAUACAAUUGCUUGUGUGACGAUCUGUAUUGCUUGCACAGCGAUACAUCUAUGGCUCAAAGCUCAGUUCAAUUGUCUACUCAUCCAGACUUUGAUUAUGAUCUUUCCGAUGAAUUCUUUAGUGAUGGAGAAUUCUCAAUCAAUUCAAGAUACAAGAAGAGGAGAGGAAACGAAUCGCCACUCAAUGGACUCACAUCUCGAUUCGGAACCAAGUUCCCCUCUUUCGCACGCAAGUGGAAUUCCAGAAAAGGUACGGGUUCAUCAGCAGCAUCUAUAUCCUCUGAUACACAAAGAGAUUAUGCGACCUCGAGGGCUCCGUCCAGUAGAUCCUCAUCGAGAUCGAAUUCCGGCCGCAGACCCAUGGACGACAAUUCUGAUCUCCAAUUACCGCCCACUCCAUCUAGAAGCUUUUUUGGGGGUCGUGAUAACAGCUCCACAACAUCCUUCCUCGAUAUCGAAAAGGCGAAAAGUAGCACAUCGGAAUUCGAAGAAGGAUUGGCUGGCACGCCACUACUCCCACCUUUAAUGACCGAUGUUUUAGCCAAUGCUCAAUUCAAAAUGCAGUCGCCUUUACAAUCACCCUCUGUCGCCGACUCGAGCGAUCCAACGUCUGGUACCAACACGCCAAUUGAUUUCAUAACUACAUACCAAUUACCCGGAAGCCCGUCGCCGCCCCUGAGUACUAAGCCUUCAAUUUCAUCCUUCCAUCGCUCGACAAUAAGAUCUAAUUACAUAAUUCCUUCCUCAGAGAUUCCCUCGAUUCUUAUCGCCGAGGAAAACGAUGAGUGGGCGAACAAGCUCGGCCAUGCUAACUUUGUGAUUCAUCCUGAGCCUUACAUUCCCGAGAAUUUCGAUCUCGAAGCUUGCCGGCAACUACGAGCCGACUGGGACCUUGCACGUUGUAACUACACCAAACAUGUCGUUCGUACAGGUGAACACUAUGGCGUUACUUCGAAAACUUACAAGUUGACCGAGGAGAAAUGGGCCCAAAUAGAUCUCCAGUGGAUGAAGAACAACGAACUCACAAUUGCGACCACAGCUCAGAGCUCCACAGACGCUUUCGCUUCUUUGAAAUACAACACACUCGGCAACUCUUCUUCAAGCAAUGUUAUGACCAAAAUUCCGUCACUCAACGAUCCACGCAGCGAAGGCAAAUUCCCUCAGCUUGGCGACGAAGAUAUCGUUGGACCAAUGGUUCAAGCUGCCGCACAACUUCGACGAAACCCCAGCAAGAAAGCCAAGCUUCUCCGAUUUCUCACUGAUAAAUUUCCCGUGGGAUUAGGGAAACCUUGA